UCCUCAUAUUGUAUUCCUUCCCUCUGAAACUAACCUCGCUUCUCGAUCCAUCCUCUUUGAAACUUCCUAUUUUUCACAAUUUCAUUUCGUUUUGUUUCUCCCAAGUUGUUUUGUUUACAAAAGCAAGUCCUUCCAACUUUUUUUUUUUCUCCUGACCAAUUAAAGAAACCACUGUGUCACCUCUGCUAUUCUCACCAUUUGAUCCAUCUGCUAGUGGAUCGUCUCUGUGAAGCUUCUAUUUAUUUUUCAUCAUUUCAUUUUGUUUCGUUUCUUCCAAAUUGUUUUGCCCAUCAUUUUUGAAAAUUUCUUGCCCAAAAAAAGAAAAAGAAAAAGAAAAAAGAACCCAGGUCCAUUCAUAUUCACUUUGAUUCUGUCCAACCUCUUUAUCUCACUUCUGCUAUUCUCACCAUCUCGUUCAUUUGGUGGUUCUUUUCUUGUCUCUGUACUUCUGUUAUUUGUGUAUUGUUUUGUGUUUGUCUUCCAAUUAUUAAAAAAAAAAAAAGUGGAAAUGUCGGGCGCCGAAGUUGGUAUUGCUAUUGCUGGCAAUGUUGCGGGCAAUGUUGCAGAGAAGCUGGUUGAUAGAAUUUUCAAUCUAAUCUGGAACAGAAUAGCUCGUGUGUUCAAAUGGAAGACUAAUUUAAAGAAUCUGGAGAAGGAAGUUAAGAAGCUGGUCGCUGAAAGAGAUAGUGUGCUGCAAUUUAUGGAAGCUGCUGGCAGAAGAGGAGAAGUCGCUGGGCCGAAGGUCAAGAUUUGGCUGACUAAAGCUAAGGAGUACAUUGGCGAGGAUGAUGAAGAUAAAACCAGGAAGAAAUUGGGGGAAGCUGCUGACAAAAAAGGGAAAGAAGUCAUGCCGACUGACAAUAAGAGGCUGAAUGAUGCAUACGAGUUCUUUAAAGAGAAGCAUGGGUUAAAGGAUGACGAAGAGGAAGCUAAGAAGAAGCGUUUGGCUGGGAUGUGUUGCAAUCCCAGGGCACGUGACAAAAUCAGCAAGAAAGCAGAGAAGUAUUUGGUGGCUGUAACUGAACUGCUACAAGAAGCUGACAAAUCCAACUUCGCGGGUUCCUACCGUCCUCCAAAUUCUACGGCACCCGUUGAUAAAGGUUUUGAGGACUUUGGGUCAAGAACGCCUGAUUUGGACCGUAUUAUGGAGGCUUUGAGAAGGGCUGGCACUGACAAGAUAGGUGUGUAUGGAAUGCCUGGUGUUGGAAAGACCAUGUUAGCCAAAGAAGUUUUCAGACGAGCUGAGGAAGCCCACUUAUUUGAUUCAAUUGUAUUCGCUUCUGUGGCAAAGGAUCCGGACUUGAAAAGAAUUCAAGGAGAAAUUGCUGACAACUUAGACCUACAGCUUCAUGGGGAGACUGAAGUUGGGAGAGCAAAGCAACUAAAGGAUUAUCUGAAGAAAAAGAAGAGGAUUCUUGUGAUUUUAGAUGACAUCUGGUCGAGGCUAGAUUUGGAUGAACUUGGAAUUCCUUUUGAAGAGAUAAAGAAUGAGGCAUGGUUAAAAAAGAAUGAGGCAAGUUCAAUUGGUGAAGAACAGAUGCAAUGCAAGAUUUUCUGCACAUCUCGAUUUCCCAAUGUCUUAUCAGAUGACAUGGAUACUAAUCAAAAUUUUAAUGUUCACUCAUUGCGAGCUGACGAAGCAUGGGAGCUUUUGAAGAAGAUAGUUGGUCCUGAAAUUGAAAAUCCUGGCUUGCGGGAUACAGCAAUGGAUAUUGCCAAAGAAUGUGCUGGGCUACCACUAGCUAUUCAAUCUGUUGGCAAGGCUUUGAGAGGAAAGGGAUCUUAUGAAUGGAAGGAUGCUCUGCUACGACUGCAAACGCCCUCUCCGGAGAACUUCACGGGGAUCUCUGCAAAUGUUUAUUCUGCAAUUGGAUUGAGUUACGACUACUUAGAAGGAGAAGACUUAAAGCAAACUUUCUUGCUUUGUGGUUUGCUUGGACAGAGUGCUUAUGUAGAAGACUUGCUAACAUAUGGCAUUGGUUUGGGCUUAUUUCAUAAUGUCAAGACAAUCGGACAAGCACGAGACAGGGUACUAACAUGGGUUAGGAAGCUAAAAUCUUGUUCUUUGUUGCUUGAUGAUUCUAGCAAUACUCACAUUAAUAUGCAUGAUAUUGUUCUUGAUGUUGCCAUAUCAAUUGCCUCAAGGGACUACCAUGCGUUAUCAUUAAUAGAUGACAACGUACCUGAAAAGUGGUCAGAUAGGGAGGCCAUGGGAGAUGUCAAAUGGAUUAGUAUGCGACAUGCUAAUAUUAGUGAGCUCCCUGAUGAGCUGGAAUGUCGGCAACUUACCUUAUUUCAUUUAGCUAGCAAGAAUCCUUCUAUGAAAAUUCCAGACAAUUUUUUCCGGAGAAUGCCAAAUCUCAGAGUCUUGAAUUUUACGACGAUGUAUUUCUCAUCCAUGCCUUCAUCAAUUUGCCUUCUGAAAAAACUCCGUGCAUUACAUAUCAAUGACAGUGCUAUAAAAGAAAUAGCUAUUGUUGCAGAGCUGAGUGGUUUGGAAGUACUUAGCCUUUCAAGAAGUGAUAUUGAAGAGUUGCCAACGGAAAUUGGACAUCUGACCCAACUAAAGUCUUUAGAUUUGAAUGAUUGUACCAAGCUCAAAGUGAUACGACCCCAUGUCUUAGAGAGUUUGUCCAGGCUAGAAGAACUGUAUCUGCAAAACAGCUUCAAUCAAUGGGAUGCUAACGGACUUGGAAAUCAAAGAAAUGCUAGCCUUGCUGAGUUGAAGAAUUUGCAUAACCUAGUUGCCUUAGAUGUGCAUGCAUGUGAUGUCCAAAUUAUUCCAGAAAACUUAUUCUCUGAAAGGUUGAAUAGAUACAAGAUAUUCAUUGGAGAGGUGUGGAACAGCUGGGAUGGUUCUUUCAAAGGCUCAAAAAUAUUGAAGCUGGAGUUGAAUACAAGAAUUACUAGUGACCAUUCUAUUUGCAUGUUGUUAAAGAAAACAGAACAACUACAUGUUGAGAAACUGAAGGGUGUGAAGAAUAUAGUUCCUGAGUUAGAUGUUGAAGAUUUUCAGGAACUGAAGUGUCUUUACGUUAAAAAUGCUCCUGAGAUUCAGCAUAUCAUUAACUCAGUGGGGGGGAUUCCUUGCCAUGUAUUUCCCUUGUUAGAAGUACUAUUUCUUCAGAAUUUGAAUAAUAUGGUGAAGAUUUGUCCUGGCCAGCUUGCAGAAACUUCUUUUAGAAGAUUGAGAACUAUAACCGUCGAACGUUGUAAUCAGCUAGAGAGUUUGUUCCCAUUCUCCAUAGCUAGACGACUUCAACUUAAGGAAAUUAGAGUAACAAAGUGCUCUAAUAUGCUAGAGAUUGUUGAUGAGGAAGGGCAAGUGACCACUAAUGAUAUAGCUGAAGCAGAUGAGAAUUUUGAGUUUGAACAUCUACAGUUCUUGAAAUUGCAGUAUUUGCCAAAGUUCAUUAGAUUGUGCCAUGGAUUUGUAGGAGCAAGUGAUUCAAGGUCCAAGCCUGCAUCACUUUUCAAUGAAAAGAUUGUCUUUCCAAACCUCAAGAAGUUGGAGUUGUCCUCGCUCAACAUUGAAAGUAUAUGGAGCAGUCAGCUUUCUGCAAAAUCCUGCUGUUUUCAGAGUCUGACAGAUUUGAUCAUUAAGGGCUGUCAUCAUUUGAAACAGCUAUUGUCAUUCUCUGUGGCUAAAUGUCUGGUUCAGCUUAGAUACCUUCACAUAAGCAAAUGCAAGAGGAUGAGAGAGAUAAUUGCAGCAGAGGAUCCAGAAGAAAUGGAAGAUUUGAAUUUGUUCUCCAACUUAAACAACCUGUAUAUGGGAGAUCUUGAAAACCUUAGUAGGUUUUGCUCCGGAAACUAUAGUAUUAAAUUCACAGCCUUGAAGAAAUUGGUUAUAUGCAAUUGUCCAGAAUUGAACGGGUUCAUAGUCAAUGAGGGCACAGAUGUCACAGGUGGAAUACGGCCCCUCUUUAAUGAAAAGAUUGCUUUUCCCAGCUUGGAACAAUUGGAAAUCAGGAGCUUGGAGAAGUUGCGGAUCAUAUGGCACCACCAACUCCCUGCAGAUUCGUUCUGCAAACUAAAAAAUUUAUCCAUUUCAUAUUGUGAUAAAUUAUUGAAUAUAUUUCCAUCUUAUAAGCUUGCCAGAUUAUUGACAUCAGUGGAGGAGUUGAGCGUAACAUAUUGUGAUGGUCUAGAAGAGAUAUUUGAACUUGGGGAAUUGAAUGUGGAAGAGUCACAUGCUGUGGUAAACAGUCAGUUAAGAAAUUUGUUUGUUACGCGUUUACCAAGCUUGAAGCAUUUGUGGAGCAAGUAUCCCUGCAGAAUUCUCACUUUCUGGAACUUGUGGUCUGUGUCAGUUUUGAGUUGCAAGAACCUCCAAAAUAUAUUUCCAGCUUCAUUGGCUAAGGACCUUCAGCAACUUGAAGUGUUGAAGAUAAAAUUUUGCGAUGUGAUGGAGGAAGUUGUAGGAUUGGAAGUAGGAGAUGAAGCAGUUCCUACGUUUGCGCUUCGUCAUUUAUCUACUAUUGACCUGUGGGAUCUACCAAGUCUCAAAUAUUUCUAUCCUCGAAAACACAUAAUAGAGUGCCCCAAGUUAAAAGAUUUCUAUGCAUCUGGUUGCGGCUCUUCAGUAGAAACAAAAGGAGAAAGGCUUGGCAUAUCUCCGAUUCAACAACUGCUUUUCUCUAUGGAAAAGGUCUUUCCUAAAUUAGAGAACCUGUCAUUAACAAGUGAUGAUGUCGCAAUGAUAUUUGACGAGCAAUUGCCAAGGGACCUCUUUUGCAAUGUUAAAGUUCUUCGUCUUCUUUCUUAUAGAGAUAAAUCACCUGUGUUUUCAAUUCGCUUCCUUCAAUGUUUCCGCAAGUUGGAAAAGCUUGAUGUAGCUAUUUCUGAUUUGGAGGAAUUAUUCCCUUCUGAAGGAGACGCUAAUGGUCAGGAGAACUGUGUGGGAACACAGUUACAUGUUAGAGAGUUGAAUUUGCAAUUUCUUAAGAAUCUGAGGCAUAUAUGUAACCAAGACUCAAGAGGAGCUGACCUAAUUCUUCAAAAUCUUAAAAUUCUGAAAGUGAAGUUGUGUUCUGGCUUGAUUAGCUUAACAGCAUCUACGGUACCUUUCCACAAUCUCACCACUUUGGAUGUACAGCAUUGCGAAGGGUUAAGAAAUUUGGUUUCAUUCACAACAGCUCAAAGCCUGGUUCAACUUGAAACAAUGAGCAUAACAUAUUGCAACUCGCUGACUGAAGUAGUUGGAGACGAAAGAAAUGGCUUAGAAGAUGAGAUCGUUUUUAUGAAAUUAAAAGUUUUGAAACUCAUGCAGUUAACAAAGCUCACAAGCUUCUGUUCAAGACUUAAUUUCGCGUUCAAGUUCCCAUGUUUAGAAUGCUUGGUUGUGAGUGAAUGUCCCAACAUGGAGACCUUUUGUAAGGGAGUCCUAAAGACUCCAAUGCUGCAGAGAAUAUCACUGAAUGACAAUGAUGAGGAGCGUCUGGUGGGUGAAUUGAAUAGCACCAUAAAUCAAUUGUAUGAAGAAAUGGUUGGAUAUGCUGGGUUAAGCCAUUUGAAUUCCUCGAGCUUCCUAAAUUGAUGGAAAUAUGGAACAAGAACCCUCAAGAUAUAUUGGAUUUUCCAACGGAUUUCUUCUCUGGAAAUUUGUAACUGUGAUAGCUUAAGAUACCUCUUAACUCCUUCCAUGGUGUUGAGUCUUUCUCGGUCUCUCGGAAAUCAAGGUACAAAAUUGUG